CGCGCUCCUGGGCCAGGCCCGCCCCAGCGCGCCUCUCUGCGUUCCGGCCUGGAGGCUGCUGUCUGCGGGUCGCCGGGUUGUGGCUGCCCGAGUCAUUCCCACGUCGCCCACUCCCGUUGCCCUGGGCGCAGCCGGAGCCCACCUGCGGUGCUUGAGUAGCGAUGAUGUUUGCCGAGGAGAAGACCUACAAGUUCAUCUGCCACCAGCACAGCAGGUUCUGCCGUGUGGAGGUUCUGGAGAUCCUGCCUCACCUGCCCUGCCUCACGGCCAGUGACCAGGACCGACUGCGGGCCACUUACAACCGCCUGGGCAACCGGGACACCCUAUGGGAUCUGUUCAACACCCUGCAGCGGCGGACGGGCUGGGUGAACUACUUUGUUGAGGCCCUGAGGGUCUGUGAGCUGGCCGAUCUUGCUGACCUAGUGGCCCACGAAUACCAGAGCUACCUGCCUCGGAACCUGAACCAUCCCAGAGCCACGCGGGAGGUGCCUGCACCUGCUACUCCUGCUACACCUGCUGUAGACCACGAUGGCAGCAGGCAACAGCUGAGUUACCCGCUGCCUGUCCAGGACACCCAGCAGCCCAAGUCCCUAGGACAGGCGCGUGUUCACAAGCCAUCCCACUUCUGCCUUCCAAGAGCCUCUCUGUCCCUCAGCCCAUGUAGUGUCCUGCAGCCUAAGCAGGGGUCUGUGUGGGGGUCACAGAGAGGAGGACUCUGUGCAGGACCACCUGUGGACAGGUGUCUGCCCUCGGGAUGCUGGGUGCCUCCUGUGAGGUUGAGGCAAGGUUGCCCAUGGACACAGGGUCCAGCUGUGUCUGGAUCCAAGCUAGGGCUCCCUUGUCUUCUGGAUCCCAGGGUGUGACUAGCACUCCCGAGGGACCCUGUAUGGAACUUGCUCUUAGGGCUAAAUCAUUGCCCAUUUUCCCUCUUGCAGAGCCCGGAGCAGGCACCUCAGAUACCCAGCUCUGAGCCCGUCCUGAGGACACCGCCGGUGCCCCUGGAGCCCUCUUGUGACCUGGCAGCCAUCAGUCCUCAGGUGACCACCAGGCCCCAAGACGUGGGACCAGACAGUCCCCACACUGGAGGUACUGUCUCCAGUCCCAUGCCACCCCAGGGACCUGUGUCUCCAUCCGUCUCCUUCCAGCCGCUGGCACGCUCCACCCCCAGAGCAUCCUCUGGACCUGCCGUAUCAGUUUCCUCUACUGGUACCUCCUGCUCCUCUGGCCAGGGUGUGCGAGCCCAGGACGAGGCCACCGUGUGCCCCAAUGAUACAGUGCCUGCUGGCUCUGGGACCGCCGUCCCGACAUCCUGCAGGGUGCCCAGCAACUUGAUGCCCGUGAGCACAAUGCCUUCGGGAGCAUCCGCCAACCUAGCACUCGCCAGCACGGUGCCUUCCAAGUCGCCUGCCAACCCAGAGACCCUUGGUGCCACACCCUCAGAUGUGCUUCCCAGUCUGGCGCCAUCCCAGCUGCCCAUCGUCUCUCCCACAGAUGCUGCUUCCGUGUCUCCCAAAGUGCCUGCCUCCCCACUGCCCACCAGCAGGAGCAGCAACAGAGCCCAGGAGACCCCGAUGGCUCCAGCACCCGGAGAUGCCCCAGGAGACGGCUUGCUCUCAGGGCCGGAGCUGAGCAAGCCCAAUGAGCUGCUCUCCCAGUUUGCCAGCCUGCCUUACUCGGGCUGCUCGGCAGACCUGGACAUCAGCCGGAAUAGCUCCCUGGCCCCUGGGGCCAGCCACCUCCCGGAGGAGAAUGAGUAUGUGUCGGUGGGCACUUUUGGGGUCCAUGUGGUGGAGGAACCCAGUGCCAACCUCCUGGCAGGCAAUCCCGGGCCCAGUGUCUCCCCGCGCCUCCAAGAGGAGGAGGAAGAUGAAGAGGAGAUACAGUGCAACUGGGUGGCUCCCUGGGCUCCGUGGUUUGGAGCUGCCAUAGCCGGUGCACUUGUGGCCACCCUCCUGGCCAUGCUCUACCGGCGGCGCGCACUUCAGUGACAACCCUGGGACUGCCUGCUGUACACCUGCUCAGUUCUCUUGGAUGCUCCCUGCCCUCUGGCCCUUCGUCAGGGUUGCAGGGCUGAGCCCCUGGGAGCUGGGCUCUACACUGGCCUGCUAGGAGAGCCAAGAUUGUGCCCUCUGAGGUCCCUCUCUCUGUCCUCAGCUUCCUGCACCCCACCGUGUCCACCUGUGCCUGUCUACUUGUAGUCCAGGUUGUCACUUCCUGUGCCAGGCUCAUGUUUGCCCAAGUCUGUAAGACUCACCCUAUCCUUGUGCUGUGAGGCUGGAGGGCAGGUGUGCCUGUGGGAGAUCUCGUCCUGGCUCCCUGCCCUAACAGUACAGCCCCCAGACAGCCCCCAGACACCCUCACCAGCUUCUUCACCCCCGCCCAGGUCUCAGAGUUGGGGUGCGGGCCACCUGGCAAGCAGAGAUCAGCUCAAGGUCCUGCUUCAGCACACCCCUUCCUAGGCUGGGAAGACGUCACGGUGGUCUGACCAUGGUCUCGGAUGCACAGCAGGUGUCUGAGAUGGAGCAGAUGGGUGAUGGCCCACAGUGGGUGACCCCUGAAUGCUUCCCCGCUCUGCUGCCCAGACGUGAGGGACAGAGCGCACAGUGGGCUGACGGCUGUUCUGCAGCCUCCACUUCCCGGCCCUCCCGGGCUCUGAGCAAGCCCUUACCCUCUACGUGCCUCAUCGUCUCGUCUUGGAGCGGGAUUGAAUGUGGACGUGUAUGUGGCCUCCUGACACCUGGUGAGCGUGGAGUGUGUUCAUCUGUGCUGAUUGUGCAGUGGUUCCUGAUGUUUUCUGAGAGCUGAGCACAGCUGUGACCUCCAUUUGCUGUGGGAGGACCUCAGCCCUUGGUUCACU